CGCGGUUUGAAUGGCGGUGAUGGCGGCGCUGCCCAGGAAAUUGGAGCAGGAGCAGGAGCUGGAGCAGGGCAGGGUAUCGGCGUGGCCCCAGGGCGGCCACGACAUGGGUGUCCUCCGGUUGUUCCGUCUGCGGGACGAGAUGAAGCAGCACCUCACGGAGUACAGCUCGGCCAUUCGUGACGGUCAAACACCUUUCCUUGAUCGUGCUGUUGAAGAAAAGAGUAUCCAAAGUACAACAGAAGAUUUGCAAAUAAAUAAAGAGGAAGUAGAAGUCUCUUUGUGGAACAAGACACUAGCCUUGCAAAGGAUCCAACUUUUGGCUGCCCUGAGAAACAAAGUGAAUCAAGAUGAUGAAGACUCAAGUGCGAUCCUGGAAACAGUGAAUCACAUAAUGUUGCUCAGCCAGACAAUAAUGCACUAUCAGCAGCUAGCACGUGAGAAGAAACAGAAGUUGUUUGACAUUAAAAAGAAGAGACUCUCACUAAAAAAAGAGGAAGGAAGAAAACUACAGCAAAUUCAGACUAUGAAUAAAAAACAAAAGAAGGAAAAAGGAAAUAUGAGCCUGGUUGAAAAGAAGUUGCUUCAGAACUUAGAAAAAGAAAGAGAGAUGACUACAGUCAUUCAAAAUGUGUUUCAGAAUAUCAUUAUUGGAAGCGGAGUUAACUGGGCAGAAGAUCCAUCUUUAAAGGCAAUCGUUCUACAGCUUGAAAAAAAUGUCUAUCUUCCGUGAAUCAGCAGGAAUUAUUUUUAAUUUUAUUUUAAUUUUUAACACAAAUUAAUUUCAAAAUUUAACCUUUCGGAAAAUUGUUUUUCUCUCUAGAGACUCAAAAUGUGUCCAUGCAACUCUGUGAAGUGAAAUUAAAUUUCUGGCUCACAAUAAAUAUUUAAGUGGGUAGUGCGACUGAUGAAGUGAAACUACCCGAAGACCCACUCCAUACCUGUCCUGUCCCAAGACCUCAUCUCUGUCUGAAAGACAGCAGUAAUGCAAGAAAGAUGAAUAAUCUGUGUAUUUCAAGCUUUUAUGUAAAAGUGGACUUAAACCAAGAUUCUGCUGUCCUCUUUUCCUGGGAAUGAGCAGGCUGCAGAGCUCGGGCAGGGUGCAUGACUCUUCUCUGUCCCAAUGAAAAACUCAAGCUGGAAAAACGUUUCAGCAAGUUUUUAGAAUUGGGGUUUUUUUUGCCAUUAAAGCACUUUGUAUAAUUUGAAACAGUAGAAUUUUUAUACUCUUAGUUUUUAACAGCCACUUGUGUCUGAAAUGGUGACUUAAUGCUAUCGAUUAUGCAGUUAAGCCGUGUUUUAUCUACAUAGUUUCACCAGCAUUUCCUUUUUUUUUUUAAUUUUUUUCCUCAUUUGAUGUCCAAAGGAAAUUAAAGCUUAGGGUGUGUAGCAUGUUUCGGGGCAUGUGCUAUGUCUUUCUAUUACCCAGCAAUUUUUGUAGGAACCCUUCGAUCGAGUAAUAAGAAUCAAACGCUUA